UUCCCCCCACUGAGAAAGUUUAUAACCAAUAGAUACUGAACUGUAAUGAAGGACCCUAGGUAGAUCACACUUCAGUACACACUGGCUACUUCAAAGAAGUGAUGAAUGUGUGUUUGUGUAGAAGAGAGAGGGAAUACCUGUGAGCUCAACAUGUGUGGAGGCCCGCCAAAGACAUCGAACAGCGCAGGGGACCAGACUGAAAAAGGAAGAGAGAUUCGUGGUUCCUCUACCACAUUGGAGAACAGCUUUUCAAAGGCAAGGUUGAAUAAGGCUAAGAAACCUCUUGUGGUGGAAAAGAGUUCCAAUUAUUCAAAGGGAGUAUCUGGAAAGCUAUCAAAAAGCUGGUCCUCUUCAGGGUUUGACCUAAAUGGAAUCCGCUUGAUAGUCUAUCAAGAUUGUGAGAGGCGGGGCAGACAGGUCUUGUUUGACUCCACAGCAGUCCACAAGAUUGAUGAGACAACAGUUCAGGAUGCUUCUGGGAAGACUUGGGGCAAGGGCUGCCAAACAGCUGGUGGCGCCAGUGCAGCUUCUCCCAGUAGUUCUUCAGUGGACAGUAGGCAGAGUGUCAAUGAAGACAUUCCUAAAUAUCAGUACACAAGGCCAGCUUCUGAUGUCAACAUGCUGGGAGAGAUGAUGUUUGGUUCAGUAGCAAUGAGUUACAAAGGCUCUACACUGAAAAUCCACUACAUACGCUCUCCUCCGCAGCUUAUGAUGAGUAAAGUUUUCUCUGCCAGAGUAGGCAGCUUCUGUGGAAGUGCAAAUAGCUUGCAAGGUAGCUUUGAAUACAUGAAUCAAGAACCCAGUUUAGCAAGACUGAACUCUAAUCCAAAUAGUUUGGGCCCCUGCCACAGUGGAAGUAACCUAGGUGUAUUGCAGCUGUGUAGCAACAAACUGCUGCAUGGUGUGGCUGAAGGGGGGCCUCUCCGGCUCACCCGGAGUGCUUCCUUCUUUGCAGCUCACAGCACACCUGUUGACAUGCCUAGCAGGGGGCAGAAUGAAGACAGAGAUAGUGGCAUCGCUCGAUCAGCUUCUUUAAGCAGCCUCUUGAUGACUCCUUUGCUGUCGUCAAGCUCUUCCAGCAGCUACCACCGACGCUGGAUACGAAGUCAAAGAACAAGUUUGGAAAACGGCAUUAUUCCUAGGUGGUCAACUGAAGAAACUUUCAGCAUGGCAGAUGAAAGCUGUGGCCUCAAUCCUGCAAUGGUUCGAAGGAAGAAAAUUGCCAUCAGUGUCAUUUUCACCCUCCCGGAAAAAGAAGAGGCCCAAAGGGAAUUCCAGGAUUUCUUCUUCUCUCACUUCCCCUUAUUUGAAUCACACAUGAGCAAGCUGAAGAGCGCCAUUGAAAUGGCCAUGAUCACCUGCAGAAAAAUAGCAGAAACAAGCCAAAGAGUGCAAGUGUACAUCAGCCGUGUCAUGGAUGCCCUGGGUGAAUUCAGAAUUACAAUCUGGAACUUGUAUUCAGUUCCAAGGAUUGCAGAGCCUGUAUGGCUAACCAUGAUGUCCGGCGCUUCUGAAAAGAAUCAGUUGUGCCAACACUUUCUCAAGGAAUUCACCAUCUUGAUAGAACAGACCAGCAAAAACCAGUUCUUAGCGGCUCUCUUGACGGCAGUGCUGACCUAUCACCUGGCUUGGGUCCCCACAGUGAUGCCAAUUGACCACCUUCCCAUCAGGGCCUCCUCUGAGAAACGUGCCUCUCAGUCUGUGAACAUGCUGGCAAAAUCUCACCCUUACAAUCCGCUCUGGGCACAGCUUGGUGACUUGUAUGGUGCUAUAGGCUCACCUGUCAGGAUGACGAGGACUGUAAUUGUUGGAAAGCGUAAAGAUUUGGUUCAACGCAUCCUCUACAUUCUUACGUAUUUCUUACGGUGCUCUGAGCUGCAGGAGAAUCAUCUGAUCCGGAGCGGGCAAGUUGGCAGAGGAGAGCAAGCCCUGAGUGGCGGCAAGAUCUCGACAGCUCUAGAAAAGGGAGAAGUUGAGGAUUCUGAUUAUGUAGUAGUCACUGUUAGAAACGAACCUGCUCUCAUACCUCCCAGUUUGCCACGGAGACCUGGGAGCGCUGCUGCUGUGGGAGAGAGCUGCUUUGAACCUGCCUGCUUGAAGCGGGAGCAUGAAGGAAUACAUACUGAACAGAGUUCUGAACUGCCCUCUUUCUUGCCCAAAGCUGGCUCCUCCAAAGGACUUGUGGAGGAAGCUAAGAAGGGGGAAACGGUGUCUGGUUCAGAAGGUGUAUCUAGGGGGUGUGCAAAAUUAGAGGAUUCAACAACAGGAAUGAAGGACGACAACCAGUGUAACGCAGCAAGACAGCUGUUUUGCAGCAAGAGGGCUAGCCAGAGGGACCCUCAUUUGGAAAGAGUUACCUUCCAAAUUGGAAGCUCCCCGUCACCCGUAUCUGAUUUAGAACCCACCCAAAAGGAUCUGGAUGAAACUGUAGGGAUGCCGAGGAGCAAAAGCAAAUCUCUGUGUUUCCUGUCAAGUCCGCUGCAUGCAACUGCCCAAGUCCAGCAGGAGAAAUCUGACUUGUGUCUUAAACCACGUGCUAGGCAGAAAGCUUGUAAAACGCGACUACCAAGUGCACUUCGGUUGUCAUGCCAUCCACCUGCCCAUUCUGAGAGCAAAGUCAAAACGGCAAAGCCAGGAACACUGGGAGAAGCUGAAAGCACACACUGUGAAAACUUGGAAAAGGUUUCUCUUGACUGUGAUUCAGGAAGUCCCGCUGACGUGCAAAGAUGUGGCCAAGCCGUUACGGAGGAUGUCCCCUGUGGGGAUGCUGGAAGCAAACACCCUUUCAGAGUGAAAGAGAACAUGCCCAGAAAUGAGAGCUCUGACAGUGCCCUGGGAGAGAGCGAUGAUGAAGGUAGCACACAUAUCCCAGAUGGGCAAUCUCCGAGCUCUGUCAACAGUAGGACAGAAGAACUUUCCGAAGUAGAACUUGCUUUGCCAAGAUCCAACACAAUCAGCAAUCAAAGCGUAAAGCAUUUUGGAAGGUCCCUUCUCGGUGGCUAUUGUGCCUCAUAUAUGCCUGACCUGGUGUUGCAUGGAAUCAGUAACGAUGAGCAGCUCAAGCAAUGCCUAUCAGCUGAGUUGAGUCAUGCAGUGAAUCAUCCAGUACUAGAUGAGCCCAUAGCAGAAGCUGUUUGCAUUAUUGCAGAUACAGAUAAAUGGACAGUACAGGUGGCCACAAGCCAAAGAAAGAUAACCGACAGCAUGAAGUUGGGCAAGGAUGUCCUGGUCUCCAGCCAAGUGUCGUCUUUAUUACAAUCCAUUUUACAGCUUUACAAAUUUAACCUUCCUGCUGACUUUUGCAUUAUGCAUCUCGAGGAUCGGCUACAGGAAAUGUACCUCAAAAGCACGAUGCUGUCUAAAUAUUUGCGAGGCCAAACGAGAGUCCAUGUGAAAGAACUUGGAGUGGUAUUGGGGAUUGAAUCCAACGAUUUGCCGCUGUUGGCUGCUAUAGCGAGUACUCAUUCUCCGUAUGUUGCUCAGAUACUCCUCUAAGCUGAAAACUUGAAGUCACAACUCCCUAGCAAAGUAAAGCAGAUGGGAUGGUUGUGUGAAGAAGAGAGCAAACAUGAAGAGAUGGGGGAACAGAGGGCCACAGGUGACAGUUCAUUCUGUCACUUUUCCUCUUCUGCAUUUUGUCUGGACACUUACCAGCGGAAUUUCAGUUUACAUAAUAUAAAAGACAUUCAGGGUUUUUAUACUGUUUUUGGAGUAGACUAAUCAAGAAUGCAUCCUUGUAUUUUAAUGGACAAAAGGAUUAAAACACUAUUGGAGGAUUCCCUACUUAUACAUAGUUUUCAGCAAAAA